AUGGCCAGCGUGCAACAAGGCCACUACGGCGAGCUGCAUGACGAUGAAUCCAUCUUGGACGAUGACCUGAUCGACGCCGAUAAUGAUGCCAUCGAAGCCGAUGACCCUCUACGCGACUCCGACCGCGCCCCCCUACGAGGCAACAUCGAACCCGACUCCGGGUCCCGAGCCGGCGGUGCAUCGGGCUAUGGCAACUACCUGACCUCCUCAAUCCCCGGCGAGGACCGUCGCGCGCCGCAAAAUACCCUCGACGAAAGUGUGUGGCAGACCUUGUCGCGUGACAUGGUCGCCGUGUGGGAGAAGAUGCGCCAGGUCCUCUGGCCCAAGUACCUGCUGGGCGGGAUGAUGUCGCGCGGUGGCAGUGGCCUCGGCGAUGAGGAGACCGGCGGGGCAACGGGAUUCGGUCGCAACCUGCGCGGGAUCGUGGGUCGCUGGCCGGAUGCUGAUGUUGUGCUGCAGGGUGGGAUGACCGAGGGUUUGCGCGAUUGGGAUCUUUGGGGCCCGUUGAUUUUCUGUUUGCUUCUGAGCAUGUUCUUGUCUAUGCGCGCUAAAGGAGACCAAUCAUCGACGGUCUUCUCGGGUGUCUUCUCGAUUGUCUGGAUCGGAGAGGCUGCGGUGACUCUCCAGAUCAAGCUUCUGGGCGGCAAGAUGUAUGUGAUGUCUUCUUUAUACUUUGGGCAUCUGCUGAUCUGUCUUUCUACUAGCUCCUUCUUCCAAUCGGUCUGUAUCAUCGGCUACACGCUCUUCCCCAUGGUCAUUGCGGCUCUUCUCAGUGCCUUCGGACUUCCUACAAUCGCGCGGAUCCCUGUCUACCUCGUCCUGGUGGCGUGGUCGCUCGCGGCGGGUGUCAGCAUCCUGGGAGGAUCGGGCGUGGUGCGCAAUCGGGUGGUCAUCGCGGUGUUCCCGCUGUUCGUGUUCUAUAUUUCACUCGGCUGCCUGUGUUUCAUUAGCUAG